UGCUUCUUCAGUGGCUGCUGGGCGGGAGAGGCGAGGCAGCCCAGCCCAGCCCGAUGCGAUUCAACACCAUGUUGCUCCAAAGCUCACCCAGGAGCCCCAGGUUGUACAGGCUAUGAAUGGGCUCUCUCCCCGUCCGAAGGGAUUUCAUUCAUUCAUGAAUUGGUCCCAAUACAGGAAGGAGGGGAAAUCUCCCCAAAGAGCUUGGCUUUAAAGGGGAAACCAACUCCACGCUCAUUUUUCUCCCCAGCGAUUGGCGCUCUAGGGAGUUGCAAAACUGUGUCCGAGGGGAUUUUUCGUUUCCUCUACUCAUUUGUGCGUCUGUCUCUUUGGGUUAAGCUGGCCGCUUUCCCCUUCCUUCUGAAGGGGAAGGAACGAGACGCCCGCGCGGGUGCUCGGACCCGCACCCUUUUCUCCCGGGGGGUGACAGUGUGGGGGUGCUGGCGAGGAGAGAGAAGAUCUAAGGCAGGCGUACGCUUCAGCCCACGGUGUGCCUGGGGCUAGUUAGUCUCUCGGAAACUCUGGCGGUGGGGCUCCUGGAAGGGCUACCAGCAAUACAGCGCCAGCAGCUCCGCCACGUUAUCUAUUAACCGGACCUGAGUUCCCAGCUCGGACGUACCUGGGGCAGCAAGAAGGAUCGAGGAGCUGGGGCAGCCGUGGGGAGAUAGAUAUUGGGGAGGCAAGGACCAUCCCCUGCCUCGUCUUAAAGCCGCACCAGCUGCCUCAGCUUGUCUAAAACAAUCCCACCACAGCCAGCCAGCAAUCUGGAGAAGUACGUGCGGGCUGAUUUUUCCCCCUGCAGGUGAAUCUCUUACUCUCCAAUUACCUUUCCCAAGAGGGAGAAGGAGCGAGGCGAGAGGGGGCAAAGUCUUGCUGUGUAUUAAAAGCAGACCAACCAGAGGUGGAGUAACAGAGGAGGACUGCUGAGGGAUGCGGUUAAUUUUUCUUCCUUCUCUGCUUGCAAGGCUGAAUCGGGACCUUCACUGGUCUGGCAAAGGGGCGAGAGCUGCGCUGUCCUUUUUUAGCAGAGAAAACCUACAUCUCUCCUUUAUAAAAAAUCCUCUGCUCACUUUUAAAUAGUGCACAAGAAACACCCCCAACCUCUCCCUCCAAAGCCCCCUCUCUUCCCUGCACCUGCUUGGCGGAUCCCUAUUUUAUUUCAAGAUACAAUCCGAGAGGAGUGGGGGAAACCCCCACGCAGCAAAUUUAUCCCCCCCCCCCCCCAGCCCCGAAGAAAUCCAUGCCAGUGGAUGCCGGAGGAGGAUUGGGAUUUUGUAAGCGAUGCAAGUGCGAUAAGGCUGGAGUUUCCCCCCGGAACCUGAAGGAGGAUCGCUAGGGCUUUCCAAAAGGAAGCGGGGCUGCAGGUAGGUGAGAAGGUGCCAGCUCUCUCCAGAUGUGAGCGGGCUCAGGCAGCAGCAGCUCCUGCUCUCAGGCGCCCCAGUCCCCCCGCCCGGUACAGUGUUGUGCGGGUUUCGGGAUGAAUAAGAGAUACUUACAGAAAGCAACAAAAGGAAAACUGCUAAUAAUAAUAUUUGUUGUAACAUUCUGGGGGAAAUUAGCAUCUGGGGCAAACCACCACAAAGCUCACCAUGUUAAAACGGGAACCUGUGAGGUGGUGGCUCUCCACAGAUGUUGUAAUAAGAACAAGAUAGAAGAAAGGUCACAGACAGUCAAGUGCUCCUGCUUUCCUGGGCAGGUAGCAGGUACCACCCGAGCAGCUCCUUCUUGUGUUGAUGCUUCAAUAGUGGAACAGAAAUGGUGGUGCCACAUGCAACCAUGUCUUGAAGGGGAGGAAUGUAAAGUUCUUCCGGAUCGGAAAGGAUGGAGCUGUUCCUCUGGGAAUAAAGUGAAAACAACUAGGCUAUGGCAGUAUUCCCAGGAGCCAAAUAUGAGUGCACUACUUCAAAAUGCCAGCUGGGGGAGCUGGCAAACAAGUUGGGGGGGAAAUCACAAAAGGAAUCUUUGCCUCUGAAGCUUGGGGCAAAGGCAGAAAACACCUCAUACUGCACUGACAGACCAGGAGGUACCCACACAGAGAAGCUAAAAUCACAGGUAAGGACACCAUUUAUAUUUUUGUCUGCCUCUGGCUCAUGUAGCUUUUUACAGCCCUUUCAAACUUCCCAUUGAAACUUCCUUUCAAAAUUGUGAUGCCAUCUAUAUUUGAAGAAAAUAGGCUGUGAUUAAGUCCAGCUGAUUCAGAAUUUUUAUUGGGGAUAAUUUGGGGCACGAUCCUGCUUCCAUGAUUUCAGCUGAAGUAAUGGAUUUAGUCUUGUCCCAUUAAAACCAAAAGCAACAAUAACAUCAAUUUAUUUUUAAAAGGAAUGAAUAAGUAUACUAAGUGACUCUCAACUGGUUUUGAAACUGUUUUUUCCCCUUUAGAAUAAUAGAUGUCUUCAACCCCAUGUUACAUAUUUUUCAUGUAAUUAUAAUGUUGUUUAUAGGUUAGAGCAGGAGAUUUGGCAUUAGGAAACAAGUUCUGAUCCCACUGGUUUGCUGGGUGACCAUGGAUAGGUCAGUGUGAGACCUCUCAGUACCUCUAUGAGGCCGCUCUAUUCCCCAGUGUUCCCAUGUGCAAAAAAGCAGAAAACACGUUGCCACCUUUGUCUUCAGUUUGAAGAGAUACUCAGGGGGAAAGGACUAUAGAAGUGAAAACUAUUAUUAGCAUUUAAUUAACUGUUUUACAGUUCAGUUAUGCAAUGUUAUAAUUCUACUUUGGGCUUCUGAUCGCAGCAUAAGCCACAUAUAUUCUUGUGUUGCACUGUUGCAUUUUUAUGUUAUAGAAAAAAACGGAAGGGUUUAUUGAACAAUUGAUUUUUAUUUACAGUUUUGUCAUCCAAAAAGGUGCUCUUAGUACUAAUGUGUCAUAACAAUUCUACUACGAGACUUUCAUUUGUAUGCUGUGCUCUAGGAACAUACAGAAUACUUAGCCAUUAUGUGUGUGUGUGCACAAGCGCACUCACACAAAGCAGAAACAUUCUAAUGGAGUUACUUUCUGGAAGAAGAUGGAAAUGAGUUACAAUGAAAACAUUAAUUCGUUAGAUUCCUCCUUGAUGUGACUCCACUGUCUUCAGAGAACAUACCGGAAGGAUGUUUAUCUCAGUGAAUUGUACAAGCUAAGGUGAUUUUGUAAAUGAUCCAAUUCAAGCAAGUAUACAAAUCAGAGACAAAACAAAACACUCCUCCACCCCUCUUCCCCCACCCUUAUAUUUGGUUGCUUGUAUUUUAACAUUUAGGGACAUAAUUAAAACUCCAAAAUCUUGAGUUUAUAAGUCAAAUCUUAAAUCUCAUUGCAAACAUCUUCAAUGACAGGCUGUAUGACCUUGAUUCUUAACACCAAAAGAUAUCAGGCAGUAUAUUAGGCAGUACCUACAUAAAAUGGCCUGAGUUUUAGAGGUGCUGAGCAUGCUCAGUGUGUCUGAAAAAUCAAUCCACAGGCCACUGAUUUAGAUACCUAAAUGUGGAUCUAGAUGCCUAACUUUGGGCAUCCUAUUUUGAAAAUUUGCCCUAAUACUUCAUAUACCUAUAAAGUAUAUGUAUAAAGCUUAGGGUUUCCUAUAGCAUACGCCACAAUAGAAUUGAGUGUAAGGAGAGUUCUCUUCUGACUAUUCAUCUGUUCAAAAUUCCCAAACUGGUUUAUGCUUUUUUUCUUUAUCUACACAUGGGAAGAACACACAUCUUUCAGAAAAAUAAUUCUUACUUGUCUCUUUCUUCUAUAUCACAGGUCUUAAUAAUUACUUAUUUUCAAAGGCCUUUCAAGUAUUUGGCUUGUCAGAAUUAAGAACUGUUGAUGUACUUGUAUGAAAUGAAUGUUAGUGAUCCAUUUCUGUUUGCUUUUGCUGACAAAUAGAAUAUUUUGCUAAAUUUUAAGUAUGUUUAAAUCUUUUCCCCUGACAUUACUGUGAUUGGUUUUUCUUAUUCUUUGAUAUCAUGCCUUUUUUGAUACAGGAAGCUAUCUUUUCUCAAAAACAUUUUUGCGGUCAUUCUGUAUAUUCCAUGAAUCCCAGUUUUGUUUGAUGUAAUUAAUUCCAUAACAAUGUAGUACCUGACAUAUGUUUGUU